CAGCUGUUCCCUCACAAGAUACUGUAGGAGGAGGGGUUGUGGGUGUGACGUCGCCGUUAUGGUUACCGCCCCUAAGCGAGAUCGCUGCUCGGAUGAGAAGGUUCACUGUGUGACCGCCGGUAGUACGGCAGCGCCGAGCCCUCACUUCGCCAUGUACCGGAGUGGGGAGCGGGGCACAGAAGCCCGGCAGAUCCCUGCAGCGAGUGACUGAGCGAGACUAAAGAACAGUCCACUGGCAGGGGGAGCAACAGGCUUCCUAUUUACCCCGUGGCUCCGCGGACAUGCCUGGCUCCGCGCUACACCUCCUCGUCUCUCACGGGCGCCAAGCGCUGGGCCGCUGGAUCCACCUUGCGGAUAACCCGGAGCCUUCAGGGGAGUCCGGCCAUGCCCAUUCCCCGCUGCUGCUCCAGGCGGACGGUGCUACCGGGGUGUGUUGGUGCCGGAGCGCUGUGCUGCUUUGCGCCCUGAGCGCUGUGUGUUGCGCCUCCCUAGCGAUGGGCCGACAUUACCUGAAGGAUGUGCUGCUGUGGCUGGAGAGCCUGGACAGUCUGGUGGGGAUGUUGCUCUUCAUCGUGGGCUUCAUCUUGGUCUCUCUGCCCUGUGUGUGGGGCUACAUCGUGCUCAAUGUGGCUGCCGGUUACCUGUACGGCCUGGUGCUGGGGAUAGGGCUGGUGGUGGUCGGGGUGCUCAUUGGUACCUUCAUAGCCCACGUGCUCUGCAAGAAACUGCUCACCCACUGGGUGCUGGACAAGAUCAACACUAGCCACAAGCUGGGAGCCGUUAUACGGGUGGUGGAGGGGGGCAGCGGGCUCAAAGUGGUGGCACUGGCCAGACUCACCCCCAUCCCAUUCGGCCUACAGAAUGCCGUCUUUUCGAUUACAGACCUGUCUCUACCCAACUAUCUAGCUGCUUCUUCCAUUGGCCUUUUUCCUACUCAGCUCUUAAAUUCCUACCUAGGAACCACAUUACGUACAAUAGAGGAUGUCAUUGCAGAGCAAAGUGUGAGCGGAUACUUCAUCUUCAGCUUGCAGAUCAUUAUAAGCAUAGCACUUAUGUUUUAUGUUGUCCACCGAGCUCAAGUGGAACUGAACGCCGCCAUCAUAGCUUGUGAAAUGGAACUCAAGAUGUCUCUUAAAGGCAGCCAGCUCAAUGGAGGCCCAUUCUGCAGCAAAAGGACUUUGCUCUCUGGCAUCAACAUAGUAUGAGCCCCACAACCACUUCUUUUGGACGAUUCUAAGCCUUUGUCCAUUGCCAAGAUAAUGCGAUAAUGGAAAGCUCUUACUUCCUAUGAGCCCCACAACCACUUCUUUUGGACGAUUCUAAGCCUUUGUCCAUUGCCAAGAUAAUGCGAUAAUGGAAAGCUCUUACUUCCUCUACCCCAGAAUUCCUCAUGAACUCUGCAACAUAAAAUCCCACUGACAAGAAUUCCUGAUUCCUGAUUUCUCUGUACAGACCAGGUCUUUGUCUUGGCAUAUUUAUUUGUUGCUAAAACCUUGAUAGAAUUAUGGAAAUUGAAAACCUAUAAAAGCAGUUAUGUUUGGGAUUUUACAUUUUGUUAACUAGUAUUGCUAGAAAUACCUAGACAGUGUUGGUUUUUCUAAGAAACACCGGACCACGAAAGCUUACACCCUACCAAGCGCAACCAAGUGCUCUUAAACUAGUUUUAUUUGUUGGGUUGAGCUCUCUAGAAUUUCAGAUCUGGGGGGAGAUCUUUAAAGCCAUCUUGUUAUGUGUGAGUUUUAGUGAGACCAGAUCCAUUCCACUCUAUACGGCACGUUCAUUUUAACGGUGGAAAGUGUAGCAAAGAGAACAGUUUGCUCCGUUGUGGUAGAGUAUUUUCAUGUGAGCGUUAAUGUUUCCCAUGCCCUUUGUCGGAUAUCUUUUUGAAAAAUAUAAAGGGGCGAUUACUAUCUUUUUAACCCAAGAAGUUGCUUUUUGGUUUGUAGGGCAGAUACAUUUUUUGCAGAGCAGGAAGAGAUCAGUAAAAGGCUUUUCAGAAAGUGUGUCAUUUAAAACCACAAUAUAAAUAAUACCUGUUAUGAAUUUUCUCAUAUAAUGGAGCAAGAUGAAAGUUAAACUAUAUAGUUUCCUAAUGUAUUGUAGAAGUAGAGACGUUUCUUCCACUUGUUAUGUGGGAUAACAAAAAGGGUACCUGCAUGGUAGGUAUUUCAGUUUCUGCAACCUUCCAGGCAAUACCCAAAAUGCCCUUCAAAAUGCCCAAAAUUGAAGGCUGAUACUUCUUGCUAUUAGGAUUAAUGUGACGUUUGACGUAUUCUCACUGGCAGAAAAACAAUUCUUUGCCAAAUACUACUUCUCCAAUACUUUGUGCGUGCUAGCAGCCAUAGCAACCAUAGCCAUAACAACUACUCGUCACAAUGCAGAUUAUGACCAUUAGAUACAUUUGUGGUCAGAAAUUUACCCUGUGUGGAAAGUGACUGGUGGUUGCCAUUACUAUCGAUGGCUUCCUGCAAGCGUUGUUUGGAGAGCCAAGUAAAUUGUUUCCCUUAGAGGGCAUGGGAAUGGGACUGCCUGUGAGUAAGUGAGUGCUGCCAGAAAGCAAGGAUGCCUAUACUUUCAUAAGGUCUUUGUUCUCCUCGCUUGAGCUACAGGCUGGGCAGUUCCCAUGCCAAAUGAAUGGAAUCAGCUGACCGUAGAAGAUGCCAAAUUAAUAGCAGUGGUUUUACCC